CGCCCCGCGGCUCUGCAGAACUAAAUACUGAUUGGCUGCGUUGUCGAGGGGGGAGGCUGAGGCAUGAGCACCGAGGCGCCACCAUCUCCCUGCGGCCCGGCUCACACGCACUCGCUCGGGUGUUUCCACCCACCCCCCCCCCGCUCGGCUGUUUCCGGCCGCCCGCCGAGCCGUGCCCAUGUCGGACGCGCUCUCCGCCGCCGCCGGCUCCCGCUCCGAACCCCCGGGCGGCGACGCCGCGCCGCGGGGUCCCGCAGAAAAUGAAGACUCAGCCCAAAAGACGGAGGUUGCAGAUCAGCUAGUUGAUUCUUUGGAGUCCAGUACUUCGCAGAGCGGGUCACAGUCUUGGGCGCACCUGAGUGCAGGCACAGCAGAGCAUUUGAAGGAAGCAAUUGGCACUCUGGGGGACCACAAAGUGGCUGAACUAGAAGAGAAGCUGCCUGACCAAAUCAGGUCUCUCAAAAAGGAAGCUGUUCCAUUAACCAGCUACCAUGUACCUCAGGGAGUAGGGGACAUAGUCAUGAUUCAGUCAGAUCACACUGGUGCUGUGGAUAUCCUUUCAGCUGAGCUGGAGACUGCAGAUCUCCUUGGGGAGCAGAGAAAAGCUCAGCCUCCCCCUCUGGCUGCACCCACUAUGUGGACCACUGAGAAGAUGAAGGAAUUCAAAGCUAAGAUGGGAAAAGAGAAGAAUGGCCGGAUGGUGGUGAAGCGAGGCGAGGUGGUGACAGUCCGUGUGCCAACCCAUCCUGAGGGGAAAUGCAUUUGCUGGGAGUUUGCUACAGAUGACUAUGACAUUGGGUUUGGAGUCUAUUUUGACUGGACCACAGUUACUAGCACUGCCAUUACUGUUCAGGUCAGUGAAUCCAGUGAUGAGGAGGAUGAAGAGGAAGACGAGGAAAUUGAAGGACUGUCCCCUGUAGGUGAUGUGGAGCGGGGUUCCAAGAGCUACCUGCGGAACCGCUAUGGAGAGAUCAUGCCUGUGUACCGGAGGAACAGCCAUCGCGAGGUACAGGCAGGCAGCCACGAGUACCCGGGCGAGGGCAUCUACCUGCUGAAAUUUGAUAACUCCUACUCUCUGCUCCGCAAUAAGACUCUGUUCUUUCACGUCUACUACACUAGCUGAAGAAGAGGGAAAGGGCAAGGAUGGCAGGCAGGUGAUGGUGAGUGUAGCAGGCUGCCACCCAGCCCUGGUACUGCCUGAUGGGCACUGCUGUGUGACAGAACCACAGCACAGUUCUACCAGCUCUUCCUUGGACAUGGACUGGUUUCUCUGCACACCCUUCUUCCCCACUGCCCCAGGGGAGAAAGGUAGUAGUGACUGCCUGGUUGUUCCCAGGCAGCUGCUCUUUCUCUAAAACUUUGGGAGGUCUGCUCCAUGCAGGCAUUGGGCUGGGCCUUCACAUCACAGCUGGCAGUUGCCCAGAAGCCACGUUCAGGUAGUUGUAAUUCUGAUCUGUUGUACUGGUACAAAAUGAAGUGAAAAUAAUCUGUUACUAUUUUGUGAAUAACUUUUCUAACUCUCCUGCAUCUGCAUCACUAGGGGGCAGCUGUUAGCUUCAGUGAGCCAGAAGCACAGCUGGCUUGUCACUUAGCCAGGAUAACCCCAUCACCUACCAUCGCUACAGUCACCAGCAGUCAGUGCUUCCUUCACUCAUGUGAGUGGGUGGGAGUACAGCUGGCCAGCGGCAGCCCAUGUUGCAGUGGCUUGGCAGUGCUACAACAGGUGCACCCCAAAUAGCAGUCACAGCUCUUGUCUGAACAGGGAGUGGGAGCAGGGUGCACACCUCAUAGUUCAUAGGAAGGCUUUUCCAUAGAUUAAGAAUUGGAUGUUACAGCUGUUGAUUGUAGGCAUAUGUAGAUGAUUAAGACCUCAGUGAUUACCAGAAGUUUUUUCUGUAAUCCAGAUGUGGAGCAGAAGCCAUUACUUACUGCCAUGCUGAAUGAAUACAGAAUGGUGGAAUAGAACCAAUAAAUAUACAUUAAAUUUUUCUUAGUAGCAGGAUGUUGGUUCACUGGUAUUGCAACCAUAUGUAGCAAGGAAAAGGCUCCCAGAGAAAGGCAGUUUGUCAGCUGCUAUUCUGUUGCAAAGGUAUUGUUAGAAAGUUCCUUGGCAUGUUUCAGUGACUAGUGAUGUUAUCGGUUACACCUUCUGCUUAAGCAGUGGCUGAGUUGAACAAGGAGAAGUUAAUUCAUCAGAGAGAAAUUUUAAAACAUAUUUAUUUGUAACUGUUGUUUAUUUUAAUAUUUUUAACUUGAAAUUGUUCUCUUUUCUAAGAAUACUGCUGUAUUUACAUUUUGAUACCUCUUUGCAGAGACACAAAACAACUUUCCAUGGUGAUACUAGAAAAGUUCCAAGUUUUAUUUUUAAAUCAUCCAGGUAAAGCACCUCUGUUUGGUCCAUUCCUUCUAUUGAGAGGAAAUGAUGGACAAAAUUAUUUGGAGUAGUUAAAGCCAAAGAUUUUGCUCUCGUAGGAGGGCUGCGUAUUUCCUAUUAAGGGUAUAUUGUGAUGCUGUACAAUCUGCUCUAUAGACAGGCUUACUUUUAACUAUCUCUGCUUACUGAUUCACUGCUCCAGAGCACUUAGUAGGUCAAAAUGGUAGGAGAGGAAGCAGUCAGUCUGACUGCUAACCUCUUAUGGGUGAAAUGAAGAAUCAUCCCGUGGCCUUUUUACAGCACUUGAAUCAGGCCCCAGCAAUUUAGGUAAGGUGUUUGGAUUUUUUUUCAGCCUUUGUCUAUCAGGUUCCUAGAUAUUGCUGAUGGAGUGACACACUUCACUUCUAACAGAGAAGUAGUAGUAUGUUUGCUGAUAUAAACAUCAGUUUAACAACAUUUCAUAGUUGAUGUGUUGUGGGUAGACUAGGGAAUGAGAGGCUGGAGAGCAGCACUGCAGAAAGGGAUGUGGGAGUCCUGGUUGAUGGCAAUUUGAGCACGAGUCAGCAGUGCCCUGGCAGCAAGGAGGGCCAACCCUGUCCUGGGGUGCAUCAGGCACAGCAUGGCCAGCCAGGCAAGGGAAGGGAUUGUCCUGCUCCGCUCUGCGGCAGCCUCGCCUUGAGUGCUGGGGACAGUUUUGGGAGCCACAAUAUAAAAAAGCCAAUUAAGCCAUUAAAGACUGUCCAAAGGAGGGCCACAAGGAUGUUGAAGGGUCUGGAGGGGAAGCCGUGUGAGGAUUGGCUGCGGUUACUUGGUCUGUUCAGGCUGGAGGAGACUGUGAGACCACCUCAUUGCAGUCUACAACUUCUUAACAAAGGGCAGGCAGUGAUCUCUCCAAUCUUGUGACCUGAGACAGAACUCAAGGAAAUGGCAGGAAGCUGAGACAGGGGAGGUUUAGGUUGGGUAUAAGGAAAAGGUUUUUCACCCAGAUGGUGGUUGAGCACUAGAACAGGCUCCCCAGGGAAGUGAUCACAGCACCAAGCAUGACAGAGCUCAAGUAGAGUUUGGACAACGCUCUCAGACACGUUCUGAUUGUUGGGGUGUUCUGAGAGAGGAGCUGCACUCAGUGAUGGUGAUGGGUCUCUUCCAACUCAACAUACUCUAUAAUUCUAUGAACCUUUUGUUCCGAGUCACUGGAAAACACCUUAAAACUAUUUAUGAUCACACAGAAAACACUAUGGGCCAAUGCCAGAAGAAAAGUUGCACAUAAAAUACAGAAGUUGGUCAUGUCCCAGAGCAAUAAGAUCAGCCACAUACAUGUGUGGUCAAUGCUAGGGUUUUCAGUCUGUUCUGUAGCCUCUGGGAAAACUUGGUGGUGUUGAAACAAAGUGGUGAAGCUCUGCAGGACUGUUGAAGGAAAUAAAAAAUAGGAAUUACAUUUUUCUUAGAGGUUUCACUAGGUUGUUCCUUACAUUAUUUUAAAUGUUGUUAAUUUGGAAAAAAUACUUUUGUUCAUCACUCAAUGUGUGUCAGGGUAAUGUUUUUGUAAAAGCUUAAGUCAAUUUGUGAACUCCAAAUUGUCACAAGUUUAUGGGAUUUCACUUAGUUCUAUUACCUAAAAGACUGCAUCAGUUGGAACCUUACAGUAGACGAUUAGACUAAUAAUUUUCUUCAAACAGAUGAUGUAGGAAGUAAAAGGUAUCAACAACAGGGAAAUGGCAGAUUUAUUUAGUAAAUGUUUUAACAACACAAACCCGUCUCUGAAAAUAAGGUCAGUGCCAAAUUGUCGGGAGAUGGGACUAUACUUCUUUUCCAGCUUCAGUGGGUCUUAUGAGAAAGAGGGAAAAUGGUCUGUAUCCUUACAAAUUAUGGUCUCUAUCUAUCCAUCUGAUAUGCACUGUAGCAGCUGAUGUGAAGCAAGAAAAUCUGAGGAAGUACAAUAAUUCACAUUCAGAUUAAAAUUGCAGAAAUUCUCAAAAAUCUCUGGGCUCUUCUGGCCUUUAGACUCAGAAAAGUGUUUAAAUAAUUGGUUUUAAAAAGUGAGAUUUUUUAUGGGCUGUUUUGUAAAAGAAAUAAACAUUUUAUUAAAAGGUUACUGAAACUGUCAUUGCUAAUAACAUCUGAAUUAUGGAAAUCUCUAGAAAUACUCUAAACACAAUAACAGUUUCAUUAUAUUUUGCACAACUAUUCAUAUCGAUAUAAUAAAAUAAUUCCUUAAAAAGCUGAGAACCAAAUCCAGCAGUAGCAGUUGAGUAUUAUGAAGACACUUCUGCAGCUCAGGUCACCCGAGUUACUCAUCACAUUCUGCAAUUGACGUUAUCCUUUCACAACAGCUUCUGGUUUAAAGGACAGUUGAGUUAGAAAAGCAAAUCACAAGCAAAUUUGUUUGGGGAUUUUACUCCCCCACCCUUUUUAAAGUAUUGGUUUGUGAGUAAUGAAAGUUACUGAUUAAAAAUGUGACAAAGAGCUUCAGGAAGCAUCAUUCAGAUAGCAGGUAUGUCAGUCAGCUCACACACAUUUAGUACAAAAUACUUGGACAGACAAGGCUGUAAGGCAAGGCUGUGCCAGGAACAUCAGAAAUUAUUGUGACAUGGCUGCAAUGUGCGACUCCUCCAGUACUCAAGGAAUACAGUACACCUGUGCCUCAUGAAGCACUACAUGCAGCAGUAACUGGAACAUGCCCAGUUCUCCCCAGAUGUUCUAAAGGCUGUUCUCAUGGCUUCCAAACCCAUCCCCUCUCCCUCCUCACCAGGUAUCCUGCACUCAGGUCAGUGCUGUGAACCAGGUGUAACCCAUCUCCUGCACACACAACCCCACAGGUACAGCUCCCCAGCAUGUGUAACCCUCUCUCCCACACAGCACUGCAGGUACAGCAACCUGGUCUAGUUGAAGGUGUCCCUGCCCAUGGGAAAACAGUUGGAACUAGAUGAUAUUCAAGGUCCUUUUCCAAUCCAAACAAUUCUAUGAUUUUAUGAGUAAAUGUGACAAUAGUUUAACAAGAUAUGAGGGCAAGGUAUACUUAAUUGUUUACUGCAUAGGCAACAGGGUCAGACAAAACUGUCAGGGAGACUCUGCUGAGUCAUGAGGUUCAGAAACGAUCCCCUUAUUUUAAACUCCCUUCUUGAGGAGAAUCUAGGUGUCUGGAUCCAGACUUGGCCAGCAGUUUACAUCUAAAGGAUUAUGUGCAUAGUCAAUCCUGUAUCUCAGCUAAGAUUUCAAAGUUUUGUAUGCUAUUAAUCACUUAGUGAGAAUUCCUUAGUAUGGAAUCUCUCAGCCUCAAGAAGUUAACCCUAAGAGGCAUCCCUAGUCAAGUGGGGAUCCUAGAGCACAGCAUACUGCCAUGCAGGAGAGGGUAACAGGCCCUGAGCUGUCCACUAUCUAGAGUAAGAUGAUUAACUUUAUUUAUGAAAUAAAAGGUCCUAUUUCCAUAUAGGCUGUAUUUUGGGUUUCCUUGUGUCCAACUGGCCCUAAGCUGUUGAGCAAGAUUUAUGGCCCUUAAUUAUUGUGUUCUUACGUGUCUUCUCAGAAUCCAGUUUAAACCAGAUACAGUCCUCCUGCCCACCACUGCUUCUUCUGCUACUGCUCAAGCAGAAGUGGGAGGGGAGAGCACACUAUCACCCAAGGCACUAAACAGAAGCAGAUGGAAUAGACCUUUCAGUCUGACCACAUUGCCCCACUCAAUGAUUGCUGUUGGUCCUUGGCUGUGAGAUCUGCAGAACCCCGUGUGUGUGUGUGCUGGUUAAUAUAUGGUGGACUAUUUGGCACCUACUCCACUUUCUAACUAGGAUUUAUUUAUGUUGAAGGGACCUGUAUGUACAUGAGAUAUUCCAGAAUUAUUGAUCCUCAGCUGCACAGCUUGUUGCAGGCUAGUGGGUUAUCUUCAUUUAAAACUAUACUGUGCCCUCCCUGUUGCUAGCUUGCAGCUACUUCCCUCUUCUGUCUGUUGCUCACAAAAAGGUUUGAAAUACAUUUUGUCAUGCUUUAAAAAGUUAAUAAGGCUUGCCUUACAACCAGUUUGAUCCCUUGGUGACAUAGAGAUAGUAUAUGUCAGUUUUCAAACUAUUAGUUCAUGGUUUUUGUUAAGGUAAAUUGCACUGUAGAUGGCAAACCUAUUGCUCAGUUCAUGCUUUCUGAAGCGUGGAGCAAUCUUUAAUAAGGCUCAGGUCACUCUUUUGGAACUGUGUCCAUCUACCUGGUCUCUGACUUAAGCCCAAAGGCAGCAUUGAAUGUGGAAUGUCAUCCUAAUGAGUGUGUGUCCAGCCUGCAAAUGCAGCCUGCCCACACACAGGCCUGCUGCAGUGGAACUGAAAGCAUUUGGUUGUGUGUUUUCCACACAUUUGGUGUGUGUUAAGUUUUCCAGAAGUAUCUGGUAUCUAUUAUGAGGACAAGAUAGUUUUAUGAAUAUUUAAUCUUCAGAAAGCUUCACAGGAUAAUUCCUCUUUUUGUUUAUUUUCUUGUAUUUCCACAUUAUACAAGUAUGUUGUUUCUCAGGUAUUCAAAUAGCAUUCAUUAUCAAAGUGACAACUUCUUUUUGGAAGGAUACACAGUUUUUAUUAAUUUUCUGAUAAAUCCAAUAGCUUGGCUAUGUGGUUAGUGAUUAACAGCAGCCAUUCCUGCUCAAUAUCAAACCCACAAUUGUUUCAAAGAAAAAAUUUUAUUUUGCAUGUGUAAUUUUUUCAGUUUGGUAUAUUUCCUGGAUUUGAAUUCAAUCCUGCUAGCUGGCUUAGUUAUGGAAACUCUACUUAUUUAAAUAGAGAUCUUUGGAAUUAGACCUUGGGUCAAGAAAGAAAAAUAAAGUUUAAAUGCAGUUGAACUUCAGAGAGGGAAAUGAAUGCUCAGGAAAGGAAAAUUUCUUCUUCAUUUCUGUAGAAGAAAGAUUUCUAAUAGAUUUUUAAUAUAUGUUUCCUUUCCCUCUAAAUUAUCUCAAGAAAUUCAGAAAGCUAAAUCAAGGAAGAAGCUUCUUUUGCAUUUUGGGUUUGCUUUUGUGAAAGCACAAAACUGUUUUCCACUUUGAGUAUAAUUUAGAUCUAAAAAAAAUUUACAUGUUCAGUCAGAGAUAUAUCCUGUAGCAAAGGACUUGCAUAAAAAUUACUUUGUAUAACUGUUUAGUUAUAAUAAUAGUACUAAUCUGUUAGACAUUUUUUAUGUCAGAGAAGGUAGUAAGCUGUCCACUGUUUUCUCAUUUUUUUGCUUUAGGUGUAAUGUAGCAGCAGGAGUUUAAAAUGUAUGUAUUUUAUUGAGAACAGAGAAUUAAAAUUGCUUAAAUCAAGGACCACUACUGCUACUGCUUACAUGUCCUCAGACUCUUUGGAGGCCUGCAACACAUGUUCUCAGGAAAGGUUACUGGUGUCAGACACAGGCUUGUAGCAAAUUAAUUUGGGGAUCCAUUUAAUAUGCAUGAACAGAUAAGAUGAAAAUGUGUUAGGGGGAAGAGCUUAGUUACCUGACUUCAGUUGCUAAGGAAGUCAAGUUACUCUGCACUGAGUCUAGAAGGCAGCCACAUGCCUUUCUUUGGGGCUCUACCCUGUCAGCUUGUCUUGUACCUGUGUGUGCAUGUAACCUCCAUCAAUGGCCUGCAGUGGGUCAGUUAUUGUGAUGCUGGACAUGGUGAGAUGAAUUUGAAGUAAACCUUAUUACAGGUUUAGCUGCUGAAAAAUUUUGACCUUGUGGGGAAUUAGGCUAGAGAAUGAAUCUCUAAGUGAGUUCACUUUCAUCCCCACUGCUUAUACUCUUCCUUCUUGUCUCACUACCCCUAUUAAAGUCACUCUACAGAGGAUUUAUCACAAGGUGCCUUAGGAAUAAAGAGCAUGUGUGAAAAAAGAACCAUAGUUGUCAUUAACACAAGAGAUUUCUUCUUAUUUCUCUGCCCAUUUGGGUAGGGGGUGGUACUUGCUAAGGUCAGGCAGGGGCAGUCCCUCUAGGCUGUUCCUGAAAAUCCAAUCUGUUCAUAGACCGCCUUGUUGCUGUAAGAUGAGUAGUACAAUGGUAUUUGAAUUUCCUGGUGCCAUACGUUCUUUGCCUUCAUAUGCUGCUGUCAGAUGUCUAGGAACACCAGAGGACUACUUCUUUUGAUAUGCUGACACUAAACCCAAGGACCAGAGGAACACUAGAUUGACAUAAAAGAGUGUUUCUUAUGGUCAUUCAUAAUUUUCUCUAAAAAGUGUUGAAAUCCAGAGUUGUGAGUGGUGUGUGCUUAUGCAUAUUGAGUGUGGAUGAGAGAUCAAAGCAACGACGUUUUUUGUUUGGAAUGUUUUUGUUUUGUUUUGUUUUGUUUUUUCUACAAGUGUAAAAGAAAAGACUAUUUCUUCUUAUCUCAUAUCUGGGAAAAUAUUGGAUAUGACAGUGUCAUGUAGAUGAAUGAGAACUUCACAAUCGGUAAAAUUAAAAACUGGGAACUGAUUGUGUUAAAUACAUUGCUAAUUAUACUGUGGAAGAAAACAGGAGUUUAGCAGGAGUCAAAGUGCUAAGGCAUUUAUCUAAAGAAAUUGAUUUGCAGUAAAUACCAAUUAAAUAAAGUUUUAGAAGGUACAUAAAACAGCAGAUGUAUAUUGCAAGGAGAUUUUCCUGGGUGUAUAGUCCACAUUUGUCUGGAGAGAGUCUCUGGCUACUUAUUCUGAAACUGUGGUGCCAUUGCAGCUGAAGGGUCAUCAGGCCAGGUGGAUGGUGUAUCUGAGUCCCCUUGGCUUUUCUAGGUUCCAUUCUGGAUUUUACAUGUUGCUUUCUCAGAAUCAUCAUACAUUAAAUGUAGCCGGUAUUAGGAAGGGAGAGAGGAAGAAUUUUCCGAUGCAUCAGUGAGGGUUAUCUCUUUUAAACCCAUUUGGACUGGUGAGUCAAGUCCCUUGGGCAAGAAGCAGGAUGCCAGACACAAAAUUGCCAAGUAAUGACCUUGACGUUUAGGAGCUGUUUUUGGAAAUGAUAAAUAGCUGGAGAUGGCCUCCCUGCAGCCUCCAAGAUGCCCUGGGAACAGCUCUCCUCAGAGGGAAGCAGGCUGCUUCCUACUCACAGCUCCAAGUCAUUAGCACAGGCUUUCGAUAGGGAGCAGCUUGUAGCUGGUCACACCUUUUUCAGGCCUAUGUUCUUGUGAACUGUGAUGGUUGUUUGUCAGCCCUUAUCUAUGUGAUGUGAAUGUUUUUGAUGUCCCGUGAUUUCAAAAUUGAGUUCUCCACGCCAACUGUUUGCUUUUCAUGUGCUCACCAAGAGGUGAUUUUUAAAUAGACAAGAGGAUAUUUUAACAAAAUGCGGCACUGGACUCUUUCUGAAGGACACGUAUGAAGGCUAUAUUUAUAGUGUGCUUGCAUUCCUUCUACAAUUGGUUUGUAUUGUUUAUAUUUGAUGUGUUGUGGUUGAUUUGUAAUAAUAUAUUGGAACUUACACCCUUUAAAUAAACUUUUCACUAUGCAA